UCUCGUCUUUGACCCCACCUGAUAUUUUGAUAUACUCUGUGUUUGUAGGUGUUCAUAGUUGAAACCGCAAAUGGCCAACUGCGGCGGAGGCAGCAAGAGAAACACCCCAACCAAGAAGCGUAAGAACAGGAAGAAGAAGAAGAAGAUUACCUUAAGCAGCAACAAUGGCGUUAAGAAAUCACAGCCUCUCCUCCUCACCCAUCACCGCCAUAACAACCAGAUGGCUAAGCUCAUCCCAUUCCUCAUCUCCACUGCAAACUCUGUCUACUCUUUCCUCCGCCGCCACGACCUCCACCUCCUCCCUAAACAAUCUCUCUCCCUCGAGUCCCUCCUCGCCUCUACUUCCAUCUCCGUCUCCAACCUUUUCUCUCUCCUCUCUCUUCCUCCGCCUCCGCCGGUACCCCAGACCGCCAAUCUGCCGGAAUCCCAUUGCUGGUUCCAGCGCUUCCUCGCUUCCGCUACCUCCGAUUCGGAUGCCCGAUGGAUCCAUUUCUUCAACCUAGGCAAACCCUCGUUUACGCUCCUCCUCCGUCUUCUCACCCCUUCUCUGUCUUCCCUCUUCCCUCUCCCUCCCAAUUACGCCCUCGCCGCCGCCCUCUUGCGCCUUGCCCACGGCGCCUCCUACUCCGCCGUCUCUCGCCGCUUCGGCCUUGACUCCGCCACUGCCUGCCGCGCCUUCUACGCCGUCUGCAAAGCAAUUCAUGAAAAGCUCGGGCAUUUGUUCGAGCUUAAGACGGAUAUCAAUCGGGUUAUUGUGGGGUUCGGGUGGAUAUCUUUGCCCAAUUGCUGCGGUGUUCUUGGGUUGGAAAAGUUUGAGCUUGAUGGGGAUUUGAUGGGUGAAAAUGGGUAUUUGAUAGUUCAAGCAUUGGUGGACUCUGAAGGAAGAUUCUUGGAUGUUUCCGCUGGGUGGCCCUGCUCCAUGAGCCCUGGAAACAUUUUGAGACAAUCCAAACUCUUUUCUGGUAUUGAGGAAUCCAAAGGAUACUUAAAUGGCCCAGCAUUCGAGUUAAACGAUGGCAAUUCCAUUCCUCAGUACAUUUUGGGGGACUCUUGUCUCCCACUGUUACCUUGGCUCCUCACCCCUUACAUUAAACCAGUUAUGGAUGUGGACUUAAGUCCUGCACAAACUGCCUUUAAUUCGGUUCAUGCUAGGGCAAUGGAAUUGGUGGGUACAGCGUUUGAGAGGGUUAGGUGCAGGUGGAAACUCGUGGCAAAUAAAUGGAAGGGACGAUGUGAUGAGGCUUUUCCAUUUGUUAUCGUGGCGUGUUGUUUGUUGCACAAUUUUCUUAUCAAGUGUAGUGAGAAUUUGCCAGAUGAAAACGUGGAAUACUUUAGGAACCAGGAGUUUCCGGUGUGUGAUGAGGCGUUGGACGACAGUGGGAUGAGGAUCAGAGAUGUUCUUGCAUCGCAUUUGUGCCUGGUAAGUUAGAGAAGAUGAAUCUUGUAAUCUAUAUUUAUUGGCUUUAUUUAUACUUUGAUGCUAUGUUUUCCAGAGUAUACAUUUAGUGUAUUGUGAAAACUAGGAUUCUAGUAUUCCUUUUAUGUUUGGUGCAAUGAAUAGUCGAUUUUAUUAGAAUUA